AUGCUGCGGCGGACGCUCGCCCGCUGCAUGGCGUCCGAGGCGAUUGGGCAGGCACACCCCGAUAUUCUCUGGGGCCACAUGGAGGGGCGCUACGCGGGGCCCGGGUGGGUGAGUUGGAUCAAGCAACUGCCGGUGGAGACGCUUACGAUGCAGGGCGGUACUUCCAUGACAAACAUGAACGACCGCGCUGGUGUAAUUACAGACCCGGAGGAUCCCCGGCACCCCAUCGCCCUCAUUCAGUGGGGCCCGAUGAACCACUACGAUGGUGCCUUCAUGCAGCUGUCGUACGGGAACUAUGGUCCCAUUUCCAAGGGAUCUAGACUCAUGCAGGUCUUGUACGAUAGUUACCUGGAGCCCUUCUCGAUGAACCGCGUGUGCGCGCAGCUCUACUUUUACCAGAAGGUGCCGAACAACUAUCAUGCUUCUGUAGAGGCCUCGGCGGAGUACAUUGGGCAAACAGCGUCAUUAAUAGGACAGGUGGUGGUUGGCAUAGGUUCUGUAAUUAUGGAGGGUGUUACAGUGAAAGGGGAUACGAACUGUGUGUACAUUGCUGAGGGUGUGCAGGUGAUGGAGAACACGUGCAUUGUGAGUGAUGCCCCAACGGACCUCCUGGCAUAUCAGCGUCAUGAGGCCAUCAAUCCAUAUCAGCAGUGGGAUGGCAUGAAUGGUGUUUGUCGCAUCAUGCAGAACACGAUCAUUGAGCCGAACUGCUUUCUAGACAGUUGUUCCAUUGGUCCCUUCAAUCGCAUAGGACACAACACAAAGAUUAUGAAGGGUGUGACCACUGGCACAAUGGUGCACAUUCUCCCAGGUAGCGUUGUCACUACAGACACCAAAAUUGGUGAUGGAGAACUUUGGGGAGGUGCACCGGCGGUUAAACUUGGCAAAGUGAGCAAAUUUGAGUGGAAACGUCCCUACUACGCCUCUCUUCUGCACAAGGAGUGUGUAUCGGAGUCCUACCGCAACAUGUCCCGCUAUGGGGACCAAGUAGUUCACUUUCAGGACCAGAUGGGCAAGCUAGAUACACUCAUGGUGCAAUAUGACGAAGACCUGCCUCCAGCAGUGCGGGCAAAGGUGAAGGACUUCAUACAAGGGCGUGAACCAUUUCACCACAUGCUGACACGCAUCACACAGGGCUGGUCCCCUGCCAACCGUCCUGACGACAAGAACUACAAUCUUUGUCCUCCGCUGCCUAGUGUAAAGCUCUUCGCCGAGCACAACAAUGAUUCCUCUGAUAGCAAGCUUCACGGAACAUACAUGGAUAUCACCAAUAUAUUUAACGACUUCCGCUGGUAG